AUGCCGACGCCAGAGUGCUCGCUCGAGCGGUGGAAGGCCGUGCCCACAACGGCGGAAGUGCUAUUCAGCCUGCGCCUUCCCUACAAGCCCCCACGGAGCCCAGUCGCUGCUUUCAUCUGGCGCAAGCGGCUAUGGUUCGAGACGACCUUCGGAUUGGAGAGCGCUGAAUCCUGGGAGAAGGUACUCGUGCUCAUGGUGUACCUCACCCCCUUCGUGCUUCUGCUGGUAAUCAUAUACAGCUACCUCCCGACGCUCGUCCAAUUUCUUCAGCGCCGUGCUGUGCAUCAUCUCACUGGCCACGAGCCAUACGCACACGCAACCGCUAAGCAUGUGCUUACAGGCUGGGCGGCAGGCAAUGCCUCUGGCGAGCUAUAG